GGGGGUCUCCAUCGAACUUUCCGGGAUGGAUGAAUGUGAACCGCAAUUAUCGCCGAAGUCCGUGGAAGAAGUACAGUUGAGGCCCAGUACAACCCAGGCGCCACGCUGAACUCCGAAAAGGCCGCUAGCAUUCAUAUUUCCGUAAAGAAAAUGCCGUCCUCACAAAAGACUGCUCGAAUGACACGUGGGACAGCAAUCGGAGCUCACUGGUUGGCCUCCAGGGUAUGCACAGCAAGGUGAAGACAACCGCCGAGCAGCAUCAGGAUAUCGAACCUAGAGAAUGGCGGAGGAAGGCCUGCGCUCAUCACUCUUUGUCCCCAACGGCAUGUAGGUUAAUUGACCAUCCAUCGAAUCGAAAGGAAGUCGACAGCAGAACAGUGUUCACGACCUUCGACGAUAUCGUGUAUCGUCAAACACCGUUGUUGUUUCUCGUCUUGUGCGUGUUAUGAACUUGGGAAGCAGCCAAAAGGCGACUCACGAAGCCACUCAAAUUUGAUCGAAGGGGAGUUAUACCCGCUUUCGCGCGCGCGCGAGAGAGAGAGAGAGAGAGAGAGAGCUUCUAAACGAUUCGAUUUCCCAUAGAUUAAAGGAAAGGAGUGAGGGGAAGGGAUUUGUGGCGUGCGGGGAAAAAGAAGAGGGGGAAGAAGAAGAUGGCGAGUCACACGAGGGAUGAUGCGCCUUCAUUUUGGGAGAAGUGGACGGGUUGGCGGCUGAGAGGAAGGGCCGUCGACGACGGGCUUGCGGCGGGAAGAUGGGAAACUCUACGGAGACACGACGGAGGAAGCGAAGGGGACAGGUGUACAAUCUCCGUGGUUCAUAACCAUAACUGCAAGAUCGAGCUUUCGGCGGAAGGAGGGGCGCCCGUGCGCAAGUGCGAGAGGACGAAGCAGGUCCUUCGACAUUGUCUCGGGCAACCGCCAGAGGUGAUUGAAUCGUCCAGCGAUGUGAAGGUGACUAAGAACCUUGAUGGUCGUGCAGCCGAUCCCGAUCCCGAUCCCGCUCCUGCGCCUAUACUACCAUCUGGUCCUGGGUGGAACGAAAGGGGACUGCGUCUUGGACACAGGGCUGGAAGACCUCUCGACGCCGAAUGGUUUCGCCUGUUCGGGCAUCAUAAUAGUAAUACUUUAAGGGAUGAAAGUGCCGUUGCGGAAUUGCCAUCGUCAAAAUUUUCGCCUUUCCAUGUUUGGUGGUUUGGUGUGCCUGACGAGGACCGAGAGUCGAUGAGAGAGCCCUUCGGAGAGCCAAGAGCGGGAGAUGGUGGUGCGUCAUCAGCUAUGGAGGAGGCGUUUCCAAGGACGGAAGAGAUGCUUCGACAGUCGGGGAUAUGGCCAGGAAAGGGAGAGGAGGAGCAUGUCUUUGGGCUUGGCAGACGACCACGACGAGGUGGAUGCCCGCAUGGAUCCGAAGGAACACAAGACGGGAGUGAGAAGUCGGGGGGGGAAAAAGACGGAAAACGGUUCGCGGAGUUUCAAAAGGACUUCUAUGAAGUGUGACGGAGCGAUUCCGCUUGAACCCUACAAGCUAAGAUCGUGUUGUCUGAUUCCCUCGCCAUUCUUUGUGUGAUGUUUGUGAAUAUCUGACUUGGGAAAGAUAGGCUGCGCGUAGCGCGAGUCUG